AUGUCUUCUCCAAGUGGCAAGACAAACCCAAUGCUAAUGGGUGACGACGACGAUGUUGAGAAUGAAGCGAAGUUGGCUAAACUUCCGUCUGGUUUCAAAUUUCAACCAACAGAUGAACAAUUGAUUGUUUAUUAUCUCGUACCAAAGUACGAAGGUGAAGAUCCUAAAGACGCUCAUUGCAGUGUAGGAGACGAAGACACAAACUUUGCAGACAAAAAGGUUCGUGUUGCAGGCCAGGGAUUUUGGUUGCUAACAGGACGUAGUUCCCUAUAUUCACACAACAAUUCGAAUUCAGUAAUCGGAUACAAACACGCUUGGGUUUAUUACGAAGGCCUGGAAUCUGAAAAACAUGAAACCGAUUAUGUAAUGCACGAAUACACGUUGGCAACUCGAUCCGGCUGGAACCAUUCUGAGUUGGAUGAAUGGAUUUUGUGUGAAAUAUACAAGAACGAGAAGAUGGAAUUGAUAGUUGAUGAAGAAACGCAAUUUGAUAAUGUUGAAGAAGACGUGGAAACAAAUUUUAGUGACGGUGAAGAUGAAUUUGAUAGUUGA